AUUAUAAUUAUUAUUCAUAAAAUUAUAUCAACAUUGUCAUGUCUUUCCAGUCAACCUUGUAGCUUUUGUAACCCUGCGUUCUACAUUCCACGAUCUGCUUUGAUUUAAUUAUUUUUCUUUCUUUCUCUCUCUCUCUCUCUCUCGAAGAGAUUUUAUUUCAUAAAGUUUAUGUAUCGUGAGGAUUUAAAUGAAAAACCAAAAAGAAAUAAAGAGGACCAUUGUUACUAAAAGUAUUGUUACAUCAAGAAUCAUAAGAAGAAUAUCUACAGAGAGAUUCUAUUUUGAUUUACUGCGAAUAAGGAAACAAUUAAUAUGAGAAGCUAAGUAGAGUCCUUUCAAAUCUCACAGAGGGAAGAAGACUUGGUUCAUAUUUAAAAAAAUUGAAGAAUUAGAAAAAGAAGAAAAAAAAGAGAAACAGUAAAAAAAUAUUUUCGAAAAGACAGAUAUUAUCAACGAGUGACAACGUAUCAACUUCAAGAAAUCUAAAAUGUAUGAAACGGAAGCAAUCGUAGUAAGAAAUGCCAACAAAUCUUAUGGAAAAGCUAUUAAUGUACUCGAUGGAUUGAAUAUGAUCGUUCCUAAGGGUUCCAUAUACGGAUUAUUGGGUCCAAGUGGAUGUGGAAAAACAACUCUCCUAUCGUGCAUCGUUGGUAUCCGAGAAAUAAACAGCGGUGAUAUUUGGGUGCUAGGAGGAAAACCGGGUACCAAAAAUUCGGGAAUUCCCGGACCUAGAGUUGGUUUUAUGCCGCAGGACAUUUGCCUUAUAGAUGAGUUUACUGUAAUUGGUGCACUAAAUUAUUUCGGAAGAAUAAAUGGUAUGAAGGAUGAUGAGAUAGAACAACGAUAUUAUGAUCUAAAAGAAAUUUUGCAAUUACCACCAACGAGUCGAUUGGUAAAAAAUACGAGCGGUGGACAGAAGAGAAGAAUAUCAUUUGCUGCAGCUUUACUUCACAGUCCRGAAUUAUUAAUCCUUGAUGAACCAACCGUAGGCCUUGAUCCGGUGUUAAGAGAUARUAUUUGGAACUAUUUAUGUAAAAUCACACAGGAGAACRGUGUUACUGUUAUAAUUACUACACAUUACAUCGAGGAAGCCAAACAAGCGAAUAAAGUUAGCUUUGUUUAUAUCAGCUGCAUCAACUUCCUCGAUUUUAAUCUCAGACAAGCGCGAAGGCAUUUGGGAAAGGAGUCUUGUUCAAGGAGUUAAAAUACAUGAAAUAUUGAUCUCUCAAAUCGUGAUACAAAUUAUUAUGGUCACAAUGCAAUGCAUAAUAAUAUGUCUCAUACAUUUCCUUUAUUUUGGAAUAGACAGUAGUAGUUCCAUUUUUGCAAUCACGACACUAGUAUUAAUCACGGGUAUAUGUGGAAUGACUUACGGUUUUUUGAUUUCGUCAUUUUGCAAUUCGCACACAUUGGCGGAUUUCUUAAUCACUGGAAGUUUCUACCCUGUGAUAAUUCUUAGUGGAUUUCUUUGGCCAAUCGAAGGAAUGCCAAUUGUAAUUAGAUGGAUAAGUUAUUUUUUGCCAACGACAAUACCAGGAAUAUCAUUGAGAGCAAUUAUGAUCAAAGGCCUUUCCAUUAGCAAUUCUGAGGUUUAUAUCGGUUACCUCAUUGUAAGUUGUUGGACAGUUGUAUUUUUUUUCGUAUGCCUUUAUGGUCUCAAAAGGAAAUCAUAGCGGAACUAGCCACCAAGAAAUUUCUGUUCAACGGUACUUUGUAUCAUAAAAGUACAAUUCACGCUGAACAGACUAUGAUUUCUAGUGUUUCAAGUGUUGGAUAAAACCAAAAAAAAAAAUUAGACGAUAUAAAAUAAUACGUCAUUAACGCAACAAGUUAAUGUAUAUUAGUAUAAUGUAUGUUUUUUAUGUUUAUACGUCGAAUCAAUCAACUGUAGAUACGAAUAUUAAAGUAGGGAAAAGAUUAAAAAAAAAUUAAAAAAGAAAAAAAAGGAAAAAAAACCCAAAGGAAAGCAUUUAAGGUAGUACCCCCCUGUGUCGGUUAAAAAAAAUCGAAUUUUUUUUUUAUAUAUUUCGUAAGAAAAACAUUUCAAAAAUAUGCUUCGAAAAUUUCAGACCGAUAUUUAAAGUAUUCUCAAAGUUAUAACCGAAAGUAUGGAGCGCGCCGUAGUGUGUAUAACUCAGAACGCCUCUAUUUUGUUGCCUCUAUUUACUCUCUGUUAGGUAUUGUGUCAUUGAUAGGCAAAUUUUUAAAUAAAAUAAUUGAUGUGAUAGUAAAAUCAAGCAUAUGUAAAGCAUGUCAGUAUUUAGCAACAAAAAACCCCAUCGAAGCUGAGAGUUUAUCUGAAGAUCACAAAAAUGAAUGCACAGCAAAUCACGAGGGUAGCAGUGGCAAAAUGGAGGUCGACAGUGUUUCUGAAAUGUUCAAGCGUUCUGAGGAGCAUUAUGGUUUGAAAUACAUGAAAUACAUUGGUCAAACAGCCAGAAACUACGUCGACACCGUUGAUAAUGCUCGUAUUUUGAGAGCGAAGAAAACUACAGAAGCUAACUCUA